AUGGCAACACCAGCCUCGCCAGACCCCACACGGGACAGACAAGAACCCCAGAACGAACAGAGGAACGAAGCAUAUGAAUCAACACAUCACAAAGAGGCAGAAACAAUAGGAGAUGCAUUUGCUCAUGAUCCAGAAAAAGGCAUCGAGAGCCAAUCAUCAUCAACCCAUUCAAACGAGCAAACACUGCCGAAUGCGAUACAGGCACAAGAACAAGAACAGGACCCCAACAUUGUAGACUGGGAUGGGCCGGAUGACCCCAACAACCCUCAAAACUGGACUGCGAAGAAGAAAUGGACUACUGUUGCCACCCUCGGCCUCGUCACACUGAUCACUCCAGUCGGAUCCUCCUUCUUUGCCCCCGGCGUACCACAAGUGAUGCGAGCAUUCCACGAGACAUCAAGGGUCAUAGCCGCAUUCGUCGUCUCAGUGUACAUUCUAGGCUUCGCCAUCGGACCUCUAGUCAUCGCGCCCAUGUCCGAAGUCUAUGGCCGCAUGCCUCUCUACAACAUCUGCGGCGUACUCUUCGUUAUCUUCACCAUUGCCUGUGCCGUCUCUGACUCAAUGGGCAUGCUCAUCGCUUUCCGGUUUUUGGCUGGUUGUGCCGGCGCCGCGCCCGUGACCCUCGGUGGCGGUACAAUCGCAGACAUGUUCCCCGUCCAGGAACGUGCUGGCGCAAUGACAAUCUGGGCCAUAGGCCCCCUUCUUGGGCCCGUCGUAGGUCCUAUUGCGGGAGGCUUCCUCGUCGAAAAUCUCGUCUGGCGUUGGGUAUACUGGAUCCUGGCCAUCUUUGGUGGCGCCUUCGGUCUCCUCUUCCUCGUCAUCGGUCGCGAAACCUACGCCCCUGUCCUCCUCGCCCGCAAAACCAAAUCCCUCAUCAAAUCAACGGGAAAUACCGAUCUCCGCUCCAAACUAGCACAGGAUCUCCCCCCACGCGAAAUCCUCAUCCGUGCUAUCGUCCGGCCAAUGAAGAUGCUCCUCUUCUCCCCUAUCGUGCUACUCAUGUGUCUCUAUAUCUCCUUCAACUACGGCAUUUUGUACCUCUUCUUCACAACAAUCACCUUUGUGUUUGAGGGCCAAUACAAAUUCUCCUCGGGCUCCGUAGGUCUCGCCUACCUAGGCAUCGGUGUGGGCAUGGUUAUGGGACUCGCGCUACUUGGCACAAGGUCCGACCGCUACAUCAAGUACAAGCAGGAAACAAAAGGCAAAGCGAAGCCUGAGCAUCGUCUUCCACUUGUUCUGACGCUGCCCGGUGCAAUUGGCUUGCCCAUUGGCAUUUUCAUUUACGGAUGGACGGCGAAGAACAAGGUGCAUUGGAUCGUUCCUAUCAUGGCUAUGGCGCCAGUGGGUCUGGGAAGUUUGACUGCGCUCAUGAGUAUUCAGACGUAUCUUGUUGAUGCGUUUACGCAGCAUGCUGCAUCGGUUGUUGCGGCCAAUACGGUGCUUAGGUCAAUGUUCGGGGCGUUCCUGCCGCUUGCAGGACUGCCCAUGUAUGAUUCGUUGGGGUUGGGCUGGGGAAACUCACUCUUGGGGUUCAUUGGUGUGGCGUUUAUACCCGUGCCGAUACUGUUUAGGUAUUAUGGAGAGAGGCUUAGGACGAAUCCUAGGUUUCAGGUGCAGUUCUAG